AUGGCCUCAGGAGUGAAGUCCCGAGUGCUGGAGACCUUGGUGGCUGGAGAGGCGCUCAUCUCGACAUCUCUUUUCUUCUUCAUCGAGUACGCCUACACCCGUUCGGUUGAAGUCACUCUUGCAAGCAUUCCCGUGUCCUUCUUGCGGUUUUUGCUAGGCAGCUCUCUGCUAGGCAAAGCAAUUGGUCACCUGGUGUCCUACAUGCACGCUCAGUUCCACAACGAAGCGACGCUCCUCUGCAGCAUCUCUAUAGCGGCAGUCUAUCUUACUUACUUCAUUGCAAACUUCUUUAUGUUUGGCGGUGGAACACUCGGUGUGAUCGCCUUGGGACUCACCAUCAAAGCCUAUUCUACAUCCACCGCACUUUCCGAAGACGCACCUUUCCUGAGGUUCUGGAAUGGAUACCGCUAUAGUCUGAGCGUGGUUCUGGCUUUUGUGGCCUCUGUGAGAGUUGGUCGAGAAAUUCCCCAUCUUCGGGGCUAUCAGCCCAUUUUUCUCCCGCCUUACUUCUGUAUUGUGCGCAUGGGCAACAGGGUAAUUACUGUUGCGGUGCUCUUCCCUGCGCUACGUCGAACUGGGUACCGGCUCACCCCAAAACAAGCCCUGGUGCUUGCAUGGAUCCACUUGAAGGGCACUCUGAUGUUGGUCUUGACGAGCAAUAGGUUGACCACUGGCUACACUUAUAGCAAGGCCAUUAGGCUCAUCUUCCUUCGUACGAUUGCUGUUAUCCAAUUAAACCUGAUCUUGACCUGCACUCUCGUCAAACUGCUGAAAUAUCUCGGCUUUCUCAACCUGGACGACAUCGAGAGAAGCCGCAUGCAGAACGUCAUGACAUCCUUAUGGAGGACGGCUAAGCGAUCUAGACGAGAGCAACGGAUGCAAGCUAGGUUCAAUGGAGCGGACUGGCAAUGGAUUGAAUGCCACAUUUACCUGCCUGACCGACUUUCCGAGGGAUACGAGUUACAGGAGGAAGGCGAGACGAUGGGCAGCGGCCGGCUAUACAUGGUUCCCAUGUCACCAAUACCAAACUACGUAGAUGGCCAGAAGCGUGCCCGCAUCACCCUACCUGCUAGUACAUCGGUUCCUCUGGAGGAAGCUGUUGUUCCCCUUGAACACCUCGAGCGCGCAUACGAAGUCACCAACAGGAACAUACGGCGAAUUCAAACCGUAUCAUUUCUGAGGCAGUUGGACACUGGCAUGGUUCAUCCAGAGACCUACGAUACGCUUAUGACGCAACUGCAGACGUCGCUAAAAGAGGAUACGUACCUGGACCUGGCCACCAUGAAGAAGUUGUUGCACAUGCCACAAUGGGUCUUUCGAUGUACCAUGCUGACGAAAAGUGCCUUGCAAGUUCCUAGAUCAGCUUCGUUGACACCGAGCGACACUCCGACUACGUGUGGACCGAAGAUGAGCUUCACGGAACGAAUGGCUAGAAGUAACUUGAACCAGUUGCUUAGCACCUUGACUGGAGCAUUUCUCGGCACAAUCCUCUUGGGCUUCUGCCUGGCAAACACGCAUCAUCCGAGCUACUUAUUCAACUCAGCUGUUAUCACAGUAAUGGGCGCUGUUGUAGUCCUACUGGCUUCAGAACUCGUUAUUGCGUACUUGUGGGGAGCGGUGGGUGCAGCGACUGCCGAUGGAUUGCGUAAUGCCGACCUGGUGGUUUUCCUGUGCUUGCUUGCAUUGUUCUCAACCGCUUCCUGGUGGGCAUCUCUAGAGGAAGAUCCGCCGCUUGCAAUCAAUGUCAGCUUCUCUGUUUUCACAUUCCUCAGGCUGUACAGGAUUUGGUCCACAAGGAAGUGUUUGUGGUUGCUCUUCGUUCACUACCUGCAUCAGUUUGUCAACCGGCGUGUGUUCCGCAUGUACGAUUUGGCUGUCGCAUUCAUUACGUCUGAGGAUGAAGUGCUGGCUACCGUAAAACGUUUCAUAGAAUCUGCACAAAUAGCGGAAUUUGUGCGUGAAGAAGCGGUCAACAACAAGCUACAGUUGUUGAAAGACAUAAUCGUGGUCCAGCAGCACUAUCCAGAACUCGAGGGGUUUGCGCGGUCACGACAAGUGGCUCGCAAAAUACUGAACUCGUCCCUGUCAGCGCUCGAAGACCUCGAGAAGUCUGGCCUCGUAGAACAGCAGCACUUCGAUAAAGUGCAUGCGAUGCUGAUGACCAAAGUGCUUUCCCUGGACAAAUUGUCAGGUGAAGUCCAGGUUAGGGAUGUCACCACAAGCAUUCUGUACAGCGUUCCGUGGUUUCCAGCUGGAAAGGUGAACAGCAUACGAAAGACACUAUCUUGGAAAUAUCCGAAGGGGAAACAAAUGGUUACUUCUGGUGAGCCACACAGAGCAGUGGUCAUAGUCAUCUCCGGCAUCCUUCGGAUCGAAGGAAGAGGCCGCGGCUUCAAGAGCAGUGUAUUGGCGAAUGCCGAUUCGGUGCAGCACUACAAGGCCGAGGCCUCAUUCACAAAUUUCAUGGCUGCACCUGGAUGCCUGGGUGUAUUGGGUUUCCUCAACAGGAGUCCAUCUGUGUGCGACGUCACCUGCGAAACCGACAUUGAGGCUUGCGUGAUUCCAAUGAGAACACUCGAUGCAAUUGUUCUGCGAGAUAGCUCAACGCCAUGCAUCAUGUACCGCAUGUGGUUGUCAGUUGCUGUCCGCAUCGCACGCACUGUUCUGGAGCGCAUCGAAGAGUACGCGGCGUGGGAAGACGAAUCCCUUACUCGCUACGUGGACAAUGGCGUCAUGCCCUUCCUUGGCGAAGCCACCUUCCUACGUCUUGAUGAGCGUGUCGAGUGCAUGAUCCUGAUCCAGGGAAGGCUAACAGUCAAGAAGGGACGCCGAAUUUUACUCGGUCCGAGCCACGUGCCAGGAGACAUACGUGAAUUCUACUUAACGGACGACAAGAGGACGAGACCGCUUCCUGUGCUGCUGCUGUUGUCGCAGACACGCCUUCAGCUUCCCGGCGAGUUGGACUGGUACCACCAAAGCGGCGAAGUCUUUCGCAAGGUCCUCCGUCGAACUGCUCUGUACAGCGAGAACAUGACACCUUUUCCGCGGGGAUCACUGCCGGAAAGUGCCGUGUUGCCAUCAUCGCCGGCGUAGUGUCUGACUAUGAUGAGGAAGCCAUCGUUCUAUAAGGAGCGUUAAUCGAGGAUAGCCUUGUUGUACCUACGAGUGCUGUCCUCACAAUUACUGCACAUCUCUUCUUCUCUUUCUCUGCAGAAAGUGAAAUACCUAAUCAAGUUCAUGGAUUUGGGCAUCGCAUUCUUGAAAAAAACAAAAAACAAAAAAACUCUAUACUUUUUCUCUAUAACGUGGUCAGUAGGAGUGAACUCCUAUUGUGACGCAAUAAAAUUUCCAAGUUCUCCUA